UAUAUGCCAUACUUUGCUCUGGAUCUGGCGAUAACACACAGGUUAACGUAGUUUUUAAAUGAUGUGUUCUGGUUUAAUUUUACGAUAAAUAUACGUUGUCAGGUUUUUAAAUACACUUGCCCUUGUUACAUAGGUCCAUGGUUUUGUGUUAAUGUUAACUUAUAAUGGAAGCUGUCCUGUGGCUAUGCUGUCGAAAGCUGCUGGCCCAUCAGCCUAGAGCUUUGACCCAGCACACACGAUGCCUUUCUAGCUGUGCUGGGUCAGCCCUGAAAUCCAGCCCUGCCCGUUCCGUAGGCACAUCUCCCCUGCUGGUGUCCCGGCUCUUCCAGCCUUCCACCCUGCGGGAGGUGCAGGAGCUAGGGAUGGAGGGCCGGGCAGGGGAGAUUCCCUGCAAGAGCCAGAGGCUAAUGCUGCAGGCCGGCCUCAUCCACCCCUCCAAUCCUGGCUGCUACUACUACCUCCCAGCCACAGUGCGCGCCAUGGAGAAGCUGGUGCGCCUCAUCGACCAGGAGAUGCAGGGCAUCGGAGGGCAAAAGCUGGACAUGCCCAGUCUGUGCGCUGCGGAGCUGUGGAGGCGCAGCGAGCGCUGGGACCUCAUGGGCAAGGAGCUGUUCCGCUUAAGGGACCGUCAUGGGGCAGAAUACUGCCUGGGCCCCACUCACGAGGAGGCCGUGACUGAGCUCCUGGCCUCUCAGGGAACCCUGUCUUACAGACAGCUCCCUCUUCUGCUCUAUCAGGUGACGCGGAAAUUUCGCGAUGAGCCAAAGCCGAGAUUUGGGCUGCUUCGAGGCCGGGAGUUCUACAUGAAGGACAUGUACUCCUUUGACACCAGCGAAGAGGCUGCCCAUCUCACCUACCAGGCUGUGUGCCAGGCGUACGCCCGCCUGUUUGCCAGACUGGGGCUGCGCUGUGUCCAGGUGCAGGCUGACACGGGGAACAUUGGGGGAAAACUGUCUCAUGAGUUCCAGCUACCGGCGGAGAUUGGCGAGGACAGGUUGCUCAUUUGCGGGAACUGCACUUUCUCUGCCAACGUGGAAACCGUCGAACCGGGGAAGACGGACUGUCCGCAGUGCCACAAGGGCACCCUGGCAGAGUCGAAAGGCAUCGAGGUGGGGCACACUUUCUACCUGGGCACUAAGUACUCCCAUAUAUUCAAUGCUUUUUACCACAAUGAUCAGAACAAGCCGGUGCUCGCUGAGAUGGGCUGCUUUGGGCUGGGGGUCACGCGCAUCCUGGCUGCAGCCAUCGAGGUGUUCUCCACCGAGGACGCCGUCCGAUGGCCGGGCCUGCUGGCACCCUACCAGGUCUGCGUCCUGCCUCCUAAGAAGGGCAGCAAGACCGAGGAGCUGGCUGGCCUGGCAGAAGAGCUGUGCCACAGUCUGGGGACGUCCGUGCCCAGGCUGAAAGGCGAGGUGGUCCUGGAUGAUCGGACGCAAUUGACCAUAGGGAAGCGUUUCAAGGACGCCGGCCGUUUAGGGUACCCCUACGUGAUUGUGGUCGGGAAGAGUGCGGCUGAGGAGCAGCCACGGUUUGAGGUGUGCUGCCAACAAAGUGGGGAGACACUGUUCCUCAGCAGGGAGGGGCUGAUGGACCUUUUGAGUGAAGUGGAGACUGUCUGAUCUGAAUUGUUUCACUCUUCUGAAACAAACACUUUAUUAUCAUGGUGUGACUGCUGAGCAAUGAUGGUUUGUCAGUGAAAUAUUGUAAUAAAUAAAGUACUGUGACUUUACAA